UGUGUAUAGUAUUCUGCAGGCUAACAGGCUCACUGGCCUUCACGUCACAGGUCAACAACGCGCUGACAACACUAUGGCGGAAGGUCUAUACCAGUCUCCGGCUGUGGCGUAUCCGUCACUGGCCGAGUUGACCCGACUGUCAGAGGAGAUGAGGCUGCAAUGCACCGAUGACGAUCUUCAGGUUGUAGAAGCGGAGUUUAAAAACACCGCACGUCCACUCCUGCGAGUCUCACAGCUUCCGCAACCAUCACUUCCGGUCAAUUAUCCUCGAACCCCGGGAUACAGACCUGUACAGGAGAAAAAUCCACACAAUGCCUGGUACUGGCGUUGUAACAUCAAAGGCGCCGACACGGGGAAACUGGCAGGUAAAACAUUCGCCAUCAAGGACAACAUAGCCGUGGCCGGGGUUCCGAUGAUGAACGGAAGUAAAAUCUUGGAGGGAUACACUCCCGAGUUCGACGCUACUGUAGUCACGAGAAUCCUGGAUGCCGGUGGCAGAAUCGUGGGCAAAUCCAACUGUGAACACCUCUGUAUGAGUGGGUUAAGUUUCACCUGUGACGCCGGGCCUGUGAGGAACCCACAUGACGAGACGAGAAACACAGGGGGAUCCAGCUCUGGCAGCGGGGCUCUGGUUGCAUCAGGUGAGGUCGACAUGGCGCUUGGGGGAGACCAGGGAGGGUCUAUCCGAAUCCCAGCCAGCUGGUGUGGCAUUGUGGGACUGAAGCCGACAUUUGGUUUGGUCCCCUAUACCGGAGCUAUGUCUUUGGAGACAACCCUGGAUCACCUUGGACCCAUGACGAAAACAGUCGCGGACUGCGCUGUGCUGCUGGAGGUACUCGCAGGUUAUGACGAAGGCAGAGAUCCCAGACAGUAUGCAAAAACUGUGGUGCCUGAGUACUCCAAACUGAUUGAUGCUGGCAUCUCCGGCAAGAAGAUCGGCGUGUUGAAGGAAGGGUUUGACGUGUGUACGGAGCCUGACGUGGUGGAGAUAGUGAGGAGAGAAGUGGAUAGACUGAAGGAAGCAGGGGCGGAGGUGGAGGAAGUAUCACUGCCCAUACAUCUGGAUGGCCCAGCAAUCUGGACUCCAGUAUGUAUGCAGGGAACUUACAAGUGUUUAAUCCAGGGGAAUGGCAGUGGGCAGUUCUGGAAGGGUUACUAUCCCGUGUCAAUGCAAGAAGCGACCAGUCGGGGCCUCUAUACCCGCCCGCAGGACCUGUCCAAGGAGCUGAAGAAGUUCUGUCUGAAGGCCGAGUACCUGGAUAGACACUACCAGAACAAGUUCUAUGCCAUGGGACAAAACAUGACCAUGGUCCUCGCCAAAGCAUAUGACGAUGUUCUGGCAGAAUACGAUGUUCUUGUCAUGCCGACCUUGCCUCACAAGGCGCCCAAGUUACCCCAAACGGACGACGAACCUCAAAAGUUCAUGCUCCCCAACACAGCCUCCUUCAACAGCACCGGGCAUCCAGCUCUCUCCAUCAACGCCGGAUCCAGUGAAGGACUCCCAGUCGGGAUGCAGAUAGUUGGACGCCAUUUUGACGAGACAACAAUCCUACAAGUGGCGAGAUCAUACGAGAAAAUAAGGGAUGUGAAUAAAUAAAAAACACAUUCACGGUAUUUGAUGACAUGAGGGAACUAGUGGUAUACUAGUAUCAUCGAACUCUUUUCAUCAAUAGAAAAUUAUGAAGUUACAUGUACCGCUUUCUGGUCUCUAUUGGUAGUUCUUUCCACAGCAACUGUCUUCAAUUGAGACACUUAGGCGGACAUUAUUUGAUAGCGUUUUGUUUCUGAAUUGCACUGGGGUCUUUGUUCUAUGUGCGCUAAACAUUAAUACACCACACAACAAACGUUCCUCGUUUAGGUGUAAUGCAAUUGUAUAUUGUGCCGUUGAUUUUACACAAUGACAUUUGCAAAUGUGGUUGUUUAACGACAUUAAAAUUCUCACUGCUCUAGUUGACAAAGUUGAACAGUCCCUCCAUGUUGAACAUUCCCUCUGUGUUGAACAGUCCCUCUGUGUAGAACAGUCCCUCUGGGUUGAACAGUCCCCUCUGUGUUGAACAGUCCCUCUGGGUUGAACAGUCCCUCUGGGUUGAACAGUCCCCUCUUUGUUGAACAGUCCCUCCAUGUUGAACAGUCCCUCUCUGUUGAACAUUCCCUCUGUGUUGAACAGUCCCUCCAUGUUGAACAGUCCCCUCUGUGUUGAACAGUCCCUCUGUGUUGAACAGUCCCUCUGUGUAGAACAUUCCCUCUGUGUAGAACAUUCCCUCUGUGUUGAACAGUCCCUCUGUGUAGAACAGUCCCUCUGUGUUGAACAGUCCCUCUGUGUUGAACAGUCCCUCUGUGUUGAACAUUCCCUUUGUGUUGAACAGUCCCUCCAUGUUGAACAGUCCCCUCUGUGUUGAACAGUCCCUCUGUGUUGAACAGUCCCUCUGUGUAGAACAUUCCCUCUGUGUAGAACAUUCCCUCUGUGUUGAACAGUCCCUCUGUGUAGAACAGUCCCUCUGUGUUGAACAGUCCCUCCAUGUUGAACAGUCCCCUCUGUGUUGAACAGUCCCUCUGUGUUGAACAGUCCCUCUGAGUUGAACAGUCCCGUUCGUGUUGAACAGUCCCCUCCCCCAUAUUGAACAGUCCCCUCUGAGUUGAACAGUACCGUUCGUGUUGAACAUUCCCUCUGUGUAGAACAUUCCCUCUGUGUAGAACAGUCCCUCUGUGUUGAGAACAGUCCCCUCUGUGUAGAACAUUCCCUCUGUGUAGAACAUUCCCUCUGUGUAGAACAUUCCCUCUGUGUAGAACAGUCCCUCUGUGUUGAACAGUCCCUCCAUGUUGAACAGUCCCCUCUGUGUUGAACAGUCCCUCUGUGUUGAACAUUCCCUCUGUGUUGAACAGUCCCUCUGUGUAGAACAGUCCCUCUGUGUUGAACAGUCCCUCCAUGUUGAACAGUCCCCUCUGUGUUGAACAGUCCCUCUGUGUUGAACAGUCACGUCCGUGUUGAACAGUCCCCUCCCCCAUAUUGAACAGUCCCCUCUGAGUUGAACAGUCCCGUUCGUGUUGAACAGUCCCCUCCCCCAUAUUGAACAGUCCCCUCUGAGUUGAACAGUCCCGUUCGUGUUGAACAUUCCCUCUGUGUAGAACAUUCCCUCUGUGUAGAACAGUCCCUCUGUGUUGAGAACAGUCCCCUCUGUGUAGAACAUUCCCUCUGUGUAGAACAUUCCCUCUGUGUAGAACAUUCCCUCUGUGUAGAACAGUCCCUCUGUGUUGAGAACAGUCCCCUCUGUGUAGAACAUUCCCUCUGUGUAGAACAGUCCCUCUGUGUUGAACAGUCCCUCUGUGUUGAACAGUCCCUCUGUGUUGAACAGUCCCUCUGUGUUGAACAGUCCCGUCCGUGUUGAGAAGUCCCUUUGUGUUGAACAGUCCCUCUGUGUUGAACAGUCCCCUCUGUGUUGAACAGUCCCUCUGUGUUGAACAGUCCCGUCCGUGUUGAGAACAGUCCCUCUGUGUUGAACAUUCUCUCUGUGUUGAACAGUCCCAUCUGUGUUGAACAGUCCCUCUGUGUUGAACAGUCCCCUCCACCAUGUUGAACAUCCCCUCUGUGUUGAACAGUCCCUCUGUGUUGAACAGUCCCUCUGUGUUGAACAGUUCCCUCUGUGUUGAACAGUCCCUCUGUGUUGAACAUUCCCUCUGUGUUGAACAGUCCCUCUGUGUUGAACAGUUCCCUCUGUGUUAAACAGUCCCUCUGUGUUGAACAGUCCCGUCCGUGUUGAACAGUCCCUCUGUGUAGAACAUUCCCUCUGUGUAGAACAGUCUCUCUGUGUUGAACAGUCCCCUCUGUGUUGAACAUUCUCCCUGUGUUGAACAGUCCCCUCUGUGUUGAACAUUCCCUCUGUGUUGAACAUUCUCUCUGUGUUGAACAGUCCCUCUGUGUUGAACAGUCCCGUCCGUGUUGAACAGUCCCUCUGUGUAGAACAUUCCCUCUGUGUAGAACAGUCCCUCUGUGUUGAAAAGUCCCCUCUGUGUUGAACAGUCCCUCUGUGUUGAACAUUCUCUCUGUGUUGAACAGUCCCCUGUGUGUUGAACAGUGCCUCUGUGUUGAACACUCUCUCUGUGUUGAACAGCCCCUCUGUGUUGAACAGUCCCCUCCACCAUGUUGAACAGCCCCCUCUGAGUUGAACAGUCCCGUUCGUGUUGAACAUUCCCUCUGUGUAGAACAUUCCCUCUGUGUAGAACAGUCCCUCUGGGUUGAACAGUCCCAUCUGUGUUGAACAGUCCCGUCCGUGUUGAACAGUCCCUCUGUGUUGAACAGUCCCUCUGUGUUGAGAACAGUCCCUUCCUUGUUGAACAGUCCCCUCCACCAUGUUGAACAGCCCCCUCUGAGUUGAACAGUCCCGUCCGUGUUCAACAGUCCCCUCCCCCAUGUUGAAGAGUCCUCUCUGAGUUGAACAGUCCCGUUCGUGUUAAACAUUCCCUCUGUGUAGAACAUUCCCUCUGUGUAGAACAUUCCCUCUGUGUUGAACAGUCCCCUCUGUGUUGAACAAUCCCUCUGUGUUGAACAUUCUCUCUGUGUUGAACAGUCCCUCUGUGUUGAGAACAGUCCCCUCUGUGUUGAACAGUCCCUCUGUGUUGAACAGUCCCCUCCACCAUGUUGAACAGUCCCUCUGUGUAGAACAUUCUCUCUGUGUUGAACAGUCCCUCUGUGUUGAGAACAGUCCCUCUGUGUUGAACAGUCCCGUCCGUGUUGAACAGUCCCCUCCACCAUGUUGAACAGUCCCUCUGUGUUGAGAACAAUCCCUCUGAGUUGAACAGUCCCGUCUGUGUUGAACAGUCCCCUCCACCAUGUUGAACAGCCCCCUCUGAGUUGAACAGUCCCGUCCGUGUUCAACAGUCCCCUCCCCCAUGUUGAAGAGUCCUCUCUGAGUUGAACAGUCCCGUUCGUGUUAAACAUUCCCUCUGUGUAGAACAUUCCCUCUGUGUAGAACAUUCCCUCUGUGUUGAACAGUCCCCUCUGUGUUGAACAAUCCCUCUGUGUUGAACAUUCUCUCUGUGUUGAACAGUCCCUCUGUGUUGAGAACAGUCCCCUCUGUGUUGAACAGUCCCUCUGUGUUGAACAGUCCCCUCCACCAUGUUGAACAGUCCCUCUGUGUAGAACAUUCCCUCUGUGUAGAACAGUCCCUCUGGGUUGAACAGUCCCUCUGGGUUGAACAGUCCCUCUGUGUUGAACAUUCCCCCUGUGUUGAGAACAGUCCCUUCCGUGUUGAACACUCCCGUCCGUGUUGAACAGUCCCCUCCACCAUGUUGAACAGCCCCCUCUGAGUUGAACAGUCCCGUCCGUGUUAACAGUCCCCUCCCCCAUGUUGAAGAGUCCUCUCUGAGUUGAACAGUCCCGUUCGUGUUAAACAUUCCCUCUGUGUAGAACAUUCCCUCUGUGUAGGACAUUCCCUCUGUGUAGAACAGUCCCUCUGGGUUGAACAGUCCCUCUGUGUUGAACAUUCCCCCUGUGUUGACCAUUCCCUCUGUGUUGAACAUUCCCUCUGUGUUGAACAGUCCCUCUGUGUUGAACAGUCCCCUCUGUGUUGAACAGUCCCUCUGUGUUGAGAACAGCCCGUCCGUGUUGAACAGUCCCGUCCGUGUUGCGAACAAUCCCUCUGUGUUGAACAGUCCCGUCCGUGUUGAACAGUCCUCUCCCCCAUGUUGAACAGAACAGUUCCUCUGUCUUGAACAGUCCAUCUGCGUUGAACAAAUCACGUUUGAAAGGUUUAGUAAGGCCUUGAAUGCUGUAACCCUGAUCAAACAACUUUUGAGCAAGAGCUGUAUGAUAAUCUACACAAAACAUUGAUGCCACCGUAACAGGUGAAUACAA